AUGGAAGAACUCUUCAAAGCCGCCCCAGAGCCCGCCACCCCUCUGGGCCGUUACCGAAUCCUCUCCUCAACAGCAAGCAUCCGCGUCUCACCCCUCCAACUGGGCGCAAUGUCCAUUGGCGACGCCUGGAGCGGACUCAUGGGCAGCAUGAGCAAAGAGCAAUCCUUCGCACUGCUAGAUGCCUUCGUCGCCGCCGGCGGCAACUUCAUCGACACAGCUAACAACUACCAAAAUGAGCAAUCCGAGACCUGGAUCGGCGAAUGGAUGGCAUCACGCAACAACCGCGACCAGCUGGUCAUAGCCACAAAGUACACAACCGAUUAUCGCAGCCACGCACUCGGAAAGGGCAAUGCCCCCAACGCCUGUGGAAACCACCGACGUAGCAUGAUGCUCAGCGUGCGCGAUUCGCUCCGAAAACUCCAAACCGACUACAUCGACAUCCUCUACCUCCACUGGUGGGACCACGCCACCUCCAUUGAGGAGGUAAUGGACUCCCUCCACAUCCUCGUCGAACAGGGCAAGGUCAUGUACCUCGGUGUCUCGGAUACGCCUGCGUGGGUUGUUUCCGCGGCGAACACCUAUGCGCGCGCGCACGGCAAGACGCCGUUCUCUAUUUAUCAGGGACGGUGGAAUGUGAUGAUUCGGGACUUCGAGCGUGAGAUUCUGCCCAUGGCGCGGCAGUUCGGGAUGGCGCUUGCACCGUGGGAUGUGCUUGGUGGUGGACAUUUCCAGAGUGCUAAGCAGAUUGAGGAGCGGAAGAAGACGGGAGAAGGUCUGCGGAAGGUGUUUGGGAGUGAGCAGUCGGAACAGGAGAGGCUGAUCUCCGAGGCGUUGGCGACUGUUGCUGCUGAGCAUGGGAUUGAGUCGGUUACUGCUAUUGCAUUGGCUUAUGUGAUGUGCAAGGUGCCGAAUGUGUUCCCGAUUGUUGGAGGUCGCAAGAUUGAGCAUCUGCAUGAUAAUAUCCAGGCUUUGUCGAUUCGGCUUACGGAUAAGCAGAUUGAAUUUUUGGAGGCGGCGACUACUUUUAAUAUUGGGUUCCCCAAUAACCUCAUUGGGAGCGAUCCGAGUACCAAUGGUGGCCAGAUGAGCUUGCUAAUGGGCACGUCCGGUCGUAUCGAUUUUGUACAGGCACCUCGGGCUGUUGGAUAUGAGCCUGGUAAAUAG